AUGGUCCAGUCUCUUUCGCUCCUGCUCGGCCUCUCUGCGCUUGGCGCCGUCCACGGCGCACCCGCAGUGGACCCAUUGCGCGGCUCCACGGACCUGCAGGGCUACAACCCGUCCAACAUCCUGACGGACGAGGACACGACGAAUGUGCAGUAUGAGCUGGCGCCGGGACAGACCAACGACGCGGACCUGGGCACCUUCCUGGACUUCUCCGACAUCGAGAACCCGCAGCCCAUCCGCGGCACCAAGGGCGGCACCGACCCGGGCCCGCGCAACCCGGAGGUCGACAGGCAGAACAGUGACAAGCUCGCGCCGCCCGGCACCGAUCAUGGCCAGACGAUCAACGCGCAGUGGAGCAUGGGUCUCAGCCACGCGAAGCUCGGGAAGGAGGGCGCCGGAUGGUCGAGGCAGCAGAACUUGAAUGUUCUGCCCGAUGCCACGGCCAUGGCGGGCGUCGACAUGCGACUUGAGCCCGGUGGCUAUCGUGAGCUGCAUUGGCAUGUGGCUGGCGAGUGGGCCCUGAUGCUCAAUGGCACCGUCCGCGUUCAGGCUGUGCAAGAAGACGGAAAGUCGUUUGUGGAUGAUGUCAGUAAGGGCGACGUCUGGUUCUUCCCUCCGGGCAUCCCGCACUCGAUCCAGGCCCUCGACGGCGGCGCCGAGUUCAUGCUCGUCUUCGAUGACGGAAGCUUCUCGGAAGACAACACUUUCCUCGCCUCGGAAAUCUUCGCUCACAAUCCUAAAGAGGUCCUGGCCAAGAACCUGCACGUCGACACUUCUGCUUUUGACGACAUCCCCGAGGGCGAGCUGUUCAUCUUCCCGGGCACACCGGCGCCCAAGGACAUCGAGGAGCAGAACGUGACCGGGUCGGCGGGCGUGCUGUCGGGCCCGGCCAGCUACACGUACCACUUCUCGGAGCAAGAGGCGCACGAGGUGCCCGGCGGCAGCGUCAAGAUCGUCGACCCGCUGACGUUCCCGGCCGCGCCCAACUUCAGCGCCGCCCUCGUCACCAUCAAGCCCGGCGCCCUGCGCGAGGUGCACUGGCACCCGAGCUCCGACGAGUGGUCCUUCUUCCUCGCCGGCACCGCCCGCGCCACCCUGUUCACCCCGCCCGACGUCGCCACCACCUUCGACUACCACGCCGGCGACGUCGGCUACUUCCCCAAGUCCAACUCGCACUACAUCGAGAACGUCGGCGACGAUGACGUGAUUCUGCUCGAGGUCCUGCAGGCCGACCACUUCUCCGACAUGAGCUUGAGCCAGUGGCUCGCCCUCACGCCGCACCAGAUUGUCAUCGAUACCCUGAACCUGUCCAAUGAGACGCUCGACGCCAUUCCGAAGGAGAAGGAGAUUGUUGUGUCGGGAGAUUCGUCCUGA